CAACAAGUCCCAUAGUAAUGGAUUUCCCAGUUUCUGCAUUCUCUCACUUGACUGCGCUUGCUACAACCAAAAACAUCGAAUACGCAGAGGCGGUACAAGGAAAAGUUCAAGGUGAGGUUCCAAGUUGGCUGAAUGGUAGCUGGUACCGUAACGGACCGGGAGUUGUCCAUUUCCGAGAGGAGAGCGUGAAGCAUUGGUUCGAUGGCAUGGCGCUUGCAAGAAAGUUCUGCAUUGAAGAUGGUAAGGUCAGUUACAUGAGCAGACUGGUUGACGGCGAGAGUUUGCAGAAGAACACAGCUGCAGGGAGGGUCGUGGUGGCCGAAUUUGGAACUACUACUCACUCUGAAGGAUUUCUUGGAAGAGUAAAGAGUGCGUUAACAAUGCCAGAAUUCACCGAUAAUUGUCUCAUUAACUUCAUGAAUCUCGGUGAUCAUCUGUUCGCCAUCACUGAAAGCAACUUCAUUCGUCAGAUCGAUCCGGUGACCCUUGAUACAAAGGACAAGGUUGAUCUUGCGAAACACCUUCCUAUCAACAUAAUGUCAUCUCAUCCCCUUGUGGAUGGUGAGGGCAACGUCUACACUUUCUCCAGCUCCAUAUUUAACAUGGGAAGAACCAAAUACAACUUGCUCAAGUUCACUGCAGCUGCACCGGGAACUCCGUUGGAAACAAUUCUAUCGCAAUCGGAAUCUAUUUGUAGCAUCGAUUCGUCAUGGAGAGUCAGCCCAUCAUAUCAUCAUAGCUUUGCUAUGUCAGAGAAAUAUGCCGUCUUCGUUGAAAUGCCGCUCAAAAUUGAUAUUCCCAAAAUGGCGGUCGCACACUUGCGCCACAUGUGCUACAGUGAUUGCAUUGAAGUGUUAGAAGAUACCAAGACUCGCAUUUAUUUGGUGAACAAGGAGACCGGCAAGCAACAUCCAAUCACCUUCUUAUGUGACCCGCUUAUCGUGUAUCAUCAUGUGAAUGCAUACGAUGAUGGGGACCAUGUGGUAUUGGACCUCAGCUGUUACAAGAAAAACAGCUUCUACGACAAGUUCACGAUGUCCAAUUUGGAAAAGACUCCGCAAGAGUUCUCCAAGUUAUUUGACAGCGAUGAACAAGCUGUUAAAGCGAUGAGGAUUGUUCUUCCAUUGGCUAAUGAUUCCAAAACGACAGGGAAUCUCGUCUCGGUGGCAAACACCUCAUGUACAGCCGAGUUCCAGGGCAAUAACAUCUUCUGUACAAGCGAGAUGCUGAGUGUGGGAACCGAGUGUGCUGUUAUCAACAAUAAAUACAUUGGCAAGAAGUACAAGUAUUUCUACAGCCCCGGUGGAUUAAAACUCCCACCAGGAGAAAUGUUGACAAAGAUUGACGUGGAAACAAAGCAGAGAGUGCAAACUUGGCAGGAGAAAGGUUGUUGGGCGUCUCAACCUGUCUUCGUAGCGAAACCCGGAGCAACACAGGAAGACGAAGGUAUCCUUAUGUCAUCUGUGGUAAAUGAAAACGGAAACCCAUUUUUGUUGAUGCUGGACGCCAAGAGCUUUACCGAAGUCGCCCGAAUCCACUUUGACGCUAAUAUCCCACCGGAUGUUCACGGAGUAUUUGUCCCUAAAGCAUAAACGCACAAUCACCCGCACCAGUAUAUAGUCAAAUGAUUGUGAUCGUUUUAUAUUUUUGAUGUUGCUUCAGCUUAUCAUAAUCAUAACCGUGUUCCUGUGGUUUGUACGUGCUGUAUCAUUGCUUCAGAGUUUUGUGCCACAGUUACUGUUUAUACGUUUUAUUCCCCUUCAGAAAAUAUAACGACGGUUUCAAUACCCUAUACAUACAUGCUUCAUCAUGACCUGUUUUUUAUAACUUGUCGACGGUUUUAUUCACACAUAAACAAAAACAAUAUUUCCAUAUUCUUUCGUAUAUACUUUCAAUGCUCUGCUUUUAUACCAUUGGGAUGAUUUAUAUCAAUCGUCGUGUGCUGGUUUACGCAUAGAAAUGUAGUCGCAAUUAAAAUCAAAAGGC